GUAAUUUUUAGGUUAUAUAUUUACAUUUAAAAUGAAUAUUAUUUUCAAUUUAUAAAUUCGCUCAUUUGUUUAUUUUUCUCGAAAAAUAUAUUAGUUUUAAUGGCUACUAAACUAAAGGCGCUGUCGCCGAUUUACGCCCAAAUUCUAUCAAAGUUUCCCAAAGAUAUAACGUUUUGUUUUGCCUAUGGUUCAGGUGUAAAGAAACAACUACAGAAUGUUAAUCAAAAUAUGCUGGAUUUGAUUUUUUGUGUGGACAAUCCGGUGUUAUGGCAUCAAAUUAAUUUGUCGGCCAACCGUUCACAUUACAGUGGUUUGAAAUAUCUGGGGCACAAUUUCAUUUCGCACUAUCAGGAUCAUUUUGGAGCAAAAGUGUAUUAUAACACAUUAGUACCGUUGCAGGGCAUGUACAUAAAAUACGGAACUAUUAGCACGAAGAAUUUGAUUACGGAUUUAUUGGAAUGGUCUGAUUUGUACCUGGCAGGGAGGUUACACAAGCCCGUUAAGAUUAUUGAGAGAGCAAACAGUCCCGAAUUAAACACAGCCUUACAACUAAACCUCCAAUCGGCCGUACACGCUGCUCUUCUAAUUUUACCAGAAACUUUUACUGAAUACGAAUUUUACCAUACCAUUUGCAACCUCAGCUACAGCGGAGACUUUCGAAUGAUCUUCGGAGAAAAUAAAAACAAAGUCGACAACAUAAUCAAGCCUCAAGUACUGAGUUUUCGUAAACUCUACUCGCCUUUUAUAAACCAUUUACAAGACUUUGUGGAAAUACCGAUACCUAUAUCUAAACAAAUAACAAAACAAGAAGUAGUAGAAACCGUAAAACCUCCAAGUAACAACCAUUAUAAAAAAUCACCCCUCCCAGAGAUAGAACUAGUAGACGUGGUGCAGUGUAGGCAAGAUUUUUCUCCCACGGCCCGUUUGCACCAUUUGAACCAGUUGCCGAGGUGGCCCCAGAAGGCCUUAACCAGAUUCUGGAACAAGGGGACGUUCAAACAGGACACAGAAGACGUUCUGCGAGCGAUUGCGUAUGAUCCAGAAUGCGGUCAGAUAGUUAAAAUGUGCAUCGAUAACAUCGUGUGGAAAUCUUCUAUCAAACAAAGCGUCAAAGGCAUUUUAACAGCGGGCAUCUUCAAAAGCGUGAAGUACAGUAGCAGAAAAAUUAGAAAAAUGUUUUAUUGAUUUUAAAUUUGUGUUUCAUAAAAAAUUUUAAAUUUGUACGUGUUGUUUUUAAUAUUCUAUAGAUUGCUCAAAUAACUUGAAAUUUCAUUUAAAUCGCC